GCGACCGAAGGGGAGGGAAGAUGGCGGCCGGCGGCAAGGCCUCCUCCGCCUCCUCCUCCUCCUCGUCCUCGUCCUCCUCUUCCUCGGCCGCGGCCCCGUCGUCGUCCGGCACGGCGGCCUUCUCGGCGGCCUCCCCGCCGCCGCCCUCCUCCUCCUCCUCCUCCUCCUGGUCGGGGCUGGAGGCGUCGCUGGACAGGAAGCUGCAGGCGCUGAGCAACACCAUGGAGUCCAUCCAGGGCCUCUCGUCCUGGUGCCUGGAGAACAAGCGCCACCACGCCGCCAUCGCCCGCCGCUGGAUCCACUGGAUGCGCCGCUCCGCCUUUGCUCACCGGCUGAACCUCUUCUACUUGGCCAACGACGUCAUACAGAACUGCAAGAGGAAAAACGCCAUCGUCUUUCGCGACACGUUUGCCGAAGUGCUGCCAGAAGCUGCUGCUUUGGUGAAAGACCCGUCCGUCUCCAAGUCUAUAGAGAGGAUAUUUAAAAUAUGGGAAGACAGAAACGUGUAUCCAGAGGAAACAAUUGUCAUCCUAAAAGAAGCUUUAAGUUCCACUUUCAAAUCCCAGAAGCAGCAGAAAGAAACUCAGAACAAACAGCCAACUAAGUCUUGGAAGAAAUCUCAAACCUCCACCAAUCCGAAGGCAGCAUUAAAAUCCAAGAUUGUGGCCGAGUUUCGGCCGCAGCCGCUGGUGGACGAGCUCCUCUCCCACAAGCUCUUGGAAGACCAGAUCGAGCUGAAGGAGAAGCAGCUGUCCACCAUGAGGGUGGACGUUUGCAGCACCGAGACCCUGAAAUGCCUAAAAGACAAAACCGGAGGGAAGAAGUUCUCCAAGGAGUUCGAGGAGGCCAGCGCCAAGCUGGAGGAGUUUGUCCACAGCCUGGACAAGCAGGUGAAGAACGGCCCUUCGCUGACGGAAGUGCUGGAGAACGCCGGCAUCUUCUACGAAGCCCAGUACAAGGAGGUCAAGGUGGUGGCCAACGCUUACAAGACUUUCGCCAACCGGGUGAACAACCUGAAGAAGAAACUGGACCAGCUCAAGGCCACCCUCCCUGACCCAGAGGAGUCCCCGGUCCCCUCGCCCAGCAUGGACGCCCCCUCCCCCACGGGCUCCGAGUCCCCCUUCCCCGGGAUGGGGGAGGAAGAGGCUGCCCCCUCGCCCAAGGCGGAAGCGGCCAAGUCUCCCUCGCCAGAGCUCGCCACCGACAAUCGGGACGUGGAGGACAUGGAGCUCUCCGACGUGGAAGACGAGCCCCCCAAAAUUAUUGUGGAAGAGAGAAAAGAAAAACCGGCGCCUUCUACCCCGGCCCCCACCAAGAUGCCCGAGACCACCCCCAAGGCUUCUCCGCUGAUGGUGGCCACCCCGGCAGCUGCUGCAGCCUCUGGAGCGCCCCCAGCGGCUGCAUCCGUGCUGGCGCCUAGUCCCGUCACUCCUCCGGCCCCCAAGCCAGUGAGCCAAACCCCUCUUCCUUCCUCGCCUGCUCUUCCUUUGCCGAACCUGGCCAACGUGGACCUGGCCAAGAUCAGCUCCAUCCUCAGCAGCCUGACUUCCGUCAUGAAGAACACAGGGGUCAGUCCUGCCUCGAGGCCUUCCCCCAGCACCCCAACGAGCCCCUCCUCUCUCAUGGGCGGCCUGAAGACCCCGGGGACGGGGCCCCUGGCGGCGUCCCCCAACCCCUUGGCCAGCAUCCUCUCCAAAGUGGAGAUCACCCCGGAGAGCAUCCUGUCCGCCCUCUCCAAGAGCCAGGCCCAGGCCGCCCCAGGCCUGCAAGGUUUGUCCUCAUUUCUCCAGAGCGUUGCUGGGAAUCCGGGCCAGCCCAACGAGACGGCCUCCCAGAGCACGUCUCCGGCCCCCGCAACCCCCCCGGCGGCUCCUGGGAAGGGGAGGAGCGUCCUGUCCACCACGCAGCCCUUCCUGCCGCAAAGCCUCGGCUACUCUCCGAAUUCCUCCUCUUCGGGCGAGGUUUCUUCCACCUCGGUCAACAAGAUGCCCUCCGGACAGGGCCCGGGGCUCUCCGGGUCCGGCUUCAAGCCCGCCAUCAACUCCCUGGGCUUUGGCAGCUGCCAGGCCCCCAGCCCAUCCCUCCGGCCCGUUGAGGCUCCAGCCCCUCAGUCUUCGGAGAUCUCGGAGGCCAAGAUGGAGCCGGAGCCCACUUCGCCCAGCCUGGAGAUGAAGAUCCACAACUUCCUGAAGGGGAACCCGGGCUUCAGCGGCCUGAACCUGAACAUCCCCAUCCUGAGCAGCCUGGGCUCCUCCAGCCUGCCGCCCGAGAGCCACUCCGCCUCCUCUCCGGAUUUCAGCCGAGGCCCCACCAGCACUUCGAUGGACAGCAUAGACGGCACCCCGGUGCGCGACGAAAGGAGCGGGACGCCCACGCAGGACGAGAUGAUGGACAAGCCGUCCUCCAGCAACGUGGACACCAUGUCGCUGCUCUCGAAGAUCAUCAGCCCCGGCUCUUCCACCCCGAGCAGCACCCGGUCGCCCCUCCAGGGCCGGGAGGACAGCUACCCGCAGGAGUUGCCCAACGCCGCCUACCGGCCUUUCGGUCUGAGCCGGGAUUCCCCUGCCGGGAUGUACAAGCCGCCCCCGGAUGGGAUCGAGCUGCCCUCCUCGCUGAUGGACUCCCCCCAGGAGAAGUUCUACCCCGACACCUCCUUCCAGGAGGACGAAGAUUACCGCGACUUUGACUACUCCGGCCCCCCACCCUCCGCCCUGGUCAACCUGGAGAAGCAGCCGUCCAAAUCCAUCCUGAAAACGGGUAAGCUCCCCGACCCCUCGGAAUACCCGGCGGCUAUGCCGAGCUACCGGCCGAGGCCCUCAGGGUUCGGCCUGAAGGCCCCUUUCCCCCAGCCCGGCCGGCCUCUGCACGACCAGAGCGACGGCUGCGACCCUCUGCCCUCCACGGGGAUCUACGGGAGCUACACCCGGCGGGGAAACGACUCGGGCUCGGACGCCUCCCCGACGCCCAGCAAGAACGACGCCUUCUUCCCGCCGGAUUCCAACCACAGCGGCUUGCCUAAGUCCGCGCAGCAGCAGCAGCAGCAGCACUCAGGGCUGUUGCAGAAGCAGUACCCCGACUCCCCCCUGGGGGCUCCCCGGGGGUCCCUUUUCUCACCUCAAAACGCCCUCCUGAGCCCCACCAGCCGGCUCCCCACCUCCAACGUGGAGAAGUCCCUCCUCUCCUCCAUCUCGGCCACCUCCACCAUGGAGUUCAAGAAUAUGCUGAAAAACGCCUCCCGGAAGCCCUCGGAGGAGGGCAAGCACUUCGGCCAGGGGCCCAAGGGGGGCGCCAGUGAGGUGCCCGGCCUUUCCCCGGGAGGGGAGCCCUUGAAGCAGGCGGAGGAGCACUUCCGCAUCGAGACCAGGGUCUCCUCUUCCUGCCUAGACCUGCCCGACAGCACGGAGGAGAAGGGAGCGCCCAUCGAGACGCUGGGCUACCACAACAUGGCCAGCCGGGGGAUGUCCGGGGAGCCCAUCCAGACGGUGGAGUCCAUCCGAGUCCUGGGGAAGGGCAGCCGGGGCCACGGGCGAGAGGCCCCCCGAACAGGCUGGUUCGAGAUGAGCAGUGCGGGCGCGACAGAGAUGCCCCCCCUGGGAUCCGGAGGCGGCGGUGGGGCCGUGCCGAGCUUCCCCAGCCAGUACAAGGAGCGGCUGGGCUCGUUCCAGGAGAGCGUUAGCAACUUCCGGGCCGGGGGCUUCGCUGCCCCCUUUGACCGCCACGUCCCACCGCCUCCCCUGGAGCACGGGGCUUCCUUCCCUAGAGACCAGCUGGGGCCGCCCCCCUCGGGCCCUCAGGCCCUCCCGCCGAAGGACCUCAGCCCCCUCUUCUCCAGAGAUCACUCGGGGCCCCCGCCACGGAUGCCGGCAGUGGGCCGCACCAGCCCCUUCUCCAAGGAGGCCUCCUCCCCGCUGACGAUGCCUCACGGGGUGCCCCCUCCCCCCCCCCCGCCCCUCGCGCGGGGUGGGGUGCCCUUCCCCCCCCCACCGCCCCCUCCUCUCCCGGGGGAACACGGCGGGGUCCCUCCGUUCUCCAGCCCUCCCCCCCCUCCCGGAGACCUGGGCCUCCCCUUCCCGGGGCCCCCCCUGGCUGCCGAGCACGGGGGCCUCCACCAAGGAACGAUGAAGGAGCAUUUUAGCCUGCCGCCAGGAGCCCCCCGGGAUCCAGGGCCCCAACCUCCGUGCGACCACAGCGGUCAGCCCCUGGGCCGGGCUCGAGAGGGCCUGGGCUCUGGCCUCUCCGUGGGCUCCUCCCUGGCCGCUCAGCGGAACGGCACAAACCGAGGUGGGCUGGGGCUCAGGAACCAGCGGCCGGAUUUUAGACCCCGGGAAUUCUUCUUAAACCGAGACCCCUUCAACAGCCUGAAGAGGCCCCGGCCCCCCUUCGCCCGCCCACCCCCCUUCUUUGUACCCAAACGCCCCUUCUUCCCCCCCAGGUACUGAGCGGAGAAGCGGUGGCCGAACUCUCCCGAGCAGGGCAAGGGGCGCCUCCCCGGUCCCCCUGCCCCCCCCCCCACCCCCC